CAAGAAAUGCACAAAUAUCCAGCAAUAAUCUAUAUUUUCCAAUCCAAAUCCUUUAGCAGACGCAGCGCAGAUGUGUUAGUAUGUUGCAGAACUUUAGCAAUGAGACGAAGCGGUGCCGCGGGAGUAGUGGUGGUUGACAAUAUGUCAUGAAGAGCAAUGAUCGGCUUCUUGAGGUCAGCAACUCGAUGUGCAAGAAACUCGCCCACGUCUCCUUCACCUUCACCCUCGGUGCUGGUAUCUUCCUCCUCUUCAGAAAAGAGUUCACUCUCGCUUCCACUCUCGCUCUCCGACUCCGAAGCGCUGGUGCGGCCUUGUCUCUAUCGGUGAUGACCGGGUCAUUGAGUGGAGCGAGCAGCUUUACGUGAGAUUCCGCGCUGUAAA